AAUGUGCCACCAUGUCUGGCUUUAUGUAUGUGUCUUGAUAAAGUUUUAGGCUAAUUUUUUUUUAUCUCAGGGGAAAUAUUCAUUUUUCCAUAUCCUCACUCUGAUUAGAGACCACAAAUAAUAGUUCCAAUUACUCCACCCAAAUGUUCCUCACUAGGUCAGUUUUAGUAAUGGGGAAAUAUAAGAGGAUUCAUAAAUUGAAAGUUGUCUAAGAUUUCAGGAAAAUGAAAAGUACUUCAUAAAUCACUAACCUCUUUUUCUUCUUAUAAUUAAUAGAGAGAUUUCAGCAACAAAAAUACAGAAAGCCUGGCUCAUUUAUGUGGACAAAACAUUGUUCAAACUCCUAAAACACGUAAUUUGUGCAGCGCAUCCUGAAAGCUUGGUCACAUUCCUUGCUGUGUCUCCAUCAUCCACCUGUCUGAGAACCUGCUAACAGACAGGAGGAAGACAGCUGGGUUUUCGGAAACCCCAAAUCAACAGCUGAGGAAGAUUGACAAGACUCUAAAAUGGCGGGUCAAGAGCUAGACCUUUACACCAAAACUUGGUCUGCCAAAAACAUUAAAGUUCAGAAUUUACAGAAUCGGAGAGUACCAGGGGAGCGGAGAGUUCCCCCACGAGAAGAGAAUCCCAGGAUGAAAUGCAGAAACUGCGGAGCCUUUGGACACACUGUAAGAAGCAAGAAGUGCCCUAUCAAGUCUUGGGAUGGUGCCAUGGCACCACUACCCUUGAGCAUCGUAAAGAAGGAAAAGGAGAACCAGGACCCAGGAAAGCGACAGAAUCCUCAGAGCCCUGAGCCAGUGAAUGAGACAGAGGAAGAGAAGAAAGAGAGAGAAAGACUAGAGCAGCAGAGGAAGGCUCUCCUGCUCAAAUUUCCCAAGAAGCCCCCAGAGAGGAGGCCUCGGAGUUGGAAGGAUACGACACAUCCUGGUGACUAUCUGAGGCGUCCGAGCAGACCGUCGUUCUUCCAUGUAAACAAGAAAUUAUCUGUGAACCGUACUCAAACUAAUCUGCCAUCAGUCAAGAAAUCAGAUGGGGAACAUGCGUGCCAUACAGCACCUUCCACAGAAGACCCUAAUAUUACCUUACCUCUCGAGGAAGAUAAAUGUCCGACCUUGGAGGUCCCUAACAUGCCAAAAACAACAGUUGGGCACAGUGAUGAGGAGCCAACCUUCAGUGAGAAGCCAGCGGACCAAAGCACAGAGUAUUGCCUCCAUCAAGUCCCGCAGGCUGCCUUCAAAGUGCAGGAGAUGAACCCCAUGCUGAACACUCAGUCACCAGCCCAGCAUUCUGAUGAAGACAAACACUCCCGCACAGCACAUACAGAUAGCCAGCGUGCUGAACUCAGCUUCAAGGUAACCCAUAAGAGAAAUCUCCAGCUCCCCACCCAGAUUAUCCAAAAUCCUCCAAAGAAACGACGAGUAAGCACCUACCAGAGACCCCAGAAGAACACUGAGAAGCCUAUGUUGGCGUCUUUCCGUGUUGUGCCACGUUCCAGUACCAGCCAAGUUGAACCAAAAGGAUUACCUCAAGUGACCGGUGUUGAACAACAGCCUCCACACAACAGAGCUCUUCUGAAUUUCACCCAGCCUUUCACUGAGUCCAAUCAUCCAUUGUCCAGCCACGUUCCAGUCCAACCUCUCCGAAUGGUCUUUACUAGAUUGAGAAAUGGCUACUGGAGCUCCAGGAUCUUCGAAGCUUCCUCAUCCCAUCCUCCUGAAAAGAAGAUGUCUUCUGAUAAGAUCUCACCCUCCCUGAAGCAGUCUGAGGAACCAUAUGCCUGGGUCCCACUGAGUCUCUUCGUAAACACCCGUCCAACCUCCUCCUUUGAGGAGAGUCACUGAGAAGAAGGUCACAUCAAAAGAGACUCUGUCUCCAGCCUCAGAGCGACUUGUAGACUAGGACUCUUGGAUGGAGGAGAGAGCAGAGGAAGCUGACUGAGCCAUUUGAUUGGGGUCCUUGGGAUAGUGGAGCAUAUGAACUGGUGGAAUACCAUCAACUGAGCAGCAGACACAGACACCAUUCGGAUCACAUAAACUGGACUUCACACGAAGUUUACUGAGGUGAAAUGUUAAGGAGUCCUCCAUGAAGUCUGUAAGAACUUGAGUUGGCAAGUGCAUGUGUUUAUUCACACAUAAGCAGAAAACCCAAAUUGACCUGUUUGGCAUCCAAGUGUCUAUAUUAGUGGAAAGUCUGGAUGACCUCCAGGACCUACAUCUUCAUUCUGACCUCAGAAGGGAGCUCUUGACUGUCACGUGUGUCGGUGAGAACCGUCGUGAAGAAAGCUCUCUUGCCCUUACAGAUGUUCUUCUUUAAUGACUUGUAAAUAGUUUUUACAGAUACGUUUCAGUGUUAAAAAAGUUCUACAAACUAUGCCAAAGAGAAAGGGAGAUGUACCGUUAUGCCUCUCCCCAAGUGCUGCAGCUGUCACUCUCCUGGAGUGAUCAGCCCUAAUCGUCCCUUAUGUUGUCCUCAUUUUCCCCAGGAAAUUAGAUGUUAGAAUUCUGUUUGUCCUUGUUAUUAAGAUGUUAUCACACUAUUCAGCCUGACUUUUUCAGUGAACACUACAAUGGCCUUUUAAUGAACAGAACAUACCCUACUUGAAGAGAACAGUUUGGACUGUCCUUGUCCCUUGCAUUCCUUUUCAAAACAGAUUUGGCUAAUAUGUACACUCACAGUCGAAAGAAAACUUGCAAUGGUGGGAUUUUUCUCAUUCUAAGUUUACAGUUUUGCUCUUUGAAUAAAACUUUUGUUUGCAAAUUGA